UCGGGGUACGGUGCUGGCGGGAGGCGGCCCCGCCACAGACACCGAGGGAUCGCCGCCGUGUGCGGGGCUCGGAGCUGCGGCUGCCGGGGACAUCGGGACCGCGCAGGGUAAGCGGGCGAAGGGAGGCGGCAGCGCAGCCCGCACCCGGGUGGUGCCGUCCAGCCUGGAGCGAUGGAAGGGGGGAAGGGGGUGCCUGAGUUCCUUCUCCCCCCUGCACCCCCCGAAUGGGGGAGAAGCAAUCCAGGACCCCCUGGCUAGGGAGUGCAGGGGAUGCGGGGUUCUCUGCGAGCAGGAGGCAAUAGGGAGCAGCUGAUUUGGGGAAGUCCCAUCCCGGCUGGUAGCGGAGAGGUGUGGUGGGUCCCGGGGAAGCCCCCGGAGAAUGCUCCUCGCCUCCUCCUGGGAUCGUCCCCGCGUGUCUCUUCCCGAGGCUUGGUGGCAGAAGGGCACCCAUGUGGUGCCAGCUACCUGCGGGGUGGGCAGCGGUGGCGCGGGGCUGUCACGGCGGUAUCGGAAUGGCUUUUGUCCCGCUGCCAGUCUAACAUCGAUACUGUCCGGGCGCUGGCAGGGGUGGAAGCUAAAGGCUUGGCCGAGGUGGGGUCCGGUCUGCCCCGGCUGCUCUGCCCAAUGCUUUCCAGGUUUUGACUCCGACAGAGAAGUAACAGCCCAAGACGUGCCCACAGCUGGCGCUUGCAUCCCAGUUGCCCUCUACUGUCUCGGGGAGCCCAUAUUCUCCUCCGCAUCAGUGCGGGCAGCUGGCAAAGCCGUGCCAUCCUCGGGCACCCGGGAUUCAGGUUCCCAGCUCAGCCCAAGACACUGCCUGGCACUGAGAGCGCUGGGCAGGGGCAGGAGCAGCCAUGAGGGACGUGCUGGAGUUCAGAUCCUGGCAGAGCCUCAUCCAUCUCUCCUGGAUAUGCCUGUUCUCUGUGCCGGGCUCUUCUGUAACCGGACGUUCGACAUGUACGCCUGCUGGCCCGACGGCAGCCCCGGCACCGCCGUCAACGUCUCCUGCCCCUUCUACCUGCCCUGGUUUGAGAAAGUGAGACACGGGCUGGUGAGCCGCCGCUGCGGCGCCGACGGGCAGUGGGUGACGGUGAACGGCAGCCAGCCCUGGCGGGACUACUCCCAGUGCGAGGAGGAGCUGCAGUCCACCAUGCAGGAGGAAGGUGCCCGGCGGCUGCUGGUAAGCUUCAAGGUGCUGUACACCGCGGGCUACGCCCUGUCCCUCCUCGCCCUCUGCUCUGCUCUGCUCGUCCUCACCCUCUGCAGGAGGCUACGCUGCACCAGGAACUACAUCCACGCCAACCUGUUUGCCUCCUUCGGGCUGCGAGCAGCCUCGGUGCUGGUGAAGGAUGCGCUGCUGGAGAGGCGCUGGGGCAUGGAGGUGCUGCAGGUGGCGGACUGGGAGGCUCUGCUGAGCCACCAGGCGGCGCUGGGCUGCCGGGCAGCGCAGGUACUGAUGCAGUACUGCAUCCUGGCCAACCACUACUGGUUCCUGGUGGAAGCUCUCUACCUCCACAAGCUGCUCAUCGGCGCUGUCUUCUCCGAGAAGAAUCACUACAGGCUCUACCUCUACCUGGGCUGGGGGACCCCUGUGGCUUUCGUGGUGCCCUGGGUGGCCGCCAAGUACCUGAAGGAGAACGCGGAGUGCUGGGCGCUGAACGAGAACAUGGCUUACUGGUGGAUCAUCCGCAUCCCGAUCCUGCUCGCCUCCCUGAUCAACCUGCUGAUCUUCGUGAGGAUCCUCAAGGUGAUCCUGGCCAAGCUCCGUGCCAACCAGAAGGGCUAUGCUGACUACAAGCUGCGGCUGGCCAAAGCCACCCUCACUCUGAUCCCCCUCUUUGGCAUCCACGAGGUCGUCUUCAUCUUUGCCACCGACGAGCAGACCACAGGCGUCCUGCGCUACAUCAAGGUCUUCUUCACCCUCUCCCUCAACUCCUUCCAGGGCUUCCUGGUGGCCGUGCUCUACUGCUUCGCCAACAAGGAGGUGAAGUCAGAGAUGAAGAAGAAGUGGCAGCUCUGGAGGCUCGACCACCCAGCGCUCUGCUGCAGCCAGUGAUGCAGCACCCAGCCGCAGGGAGCCCGCAGACAGGGAUGCUGCCCAUGGUGGCCCAGCUGAAGGGCAGUAGCCCACGGGAAGCUGUGCUGCAGCAGCACCCACUUGGGGCAGCUGGCCUGGGACUCAGUUGUGCCACUUUGGGAGCCUCAGAGCUGCUGGAGGGGAUGUGCCCUGCUGUGGGGGUGGUAGGCACCCCCUGCUCUCACCAGACUUCGCUGCACCCUCGAAGGAGCCUACCCUCACCUGGCCUGCAGGAGAUGCACCUGCUGCUGUCUGCCACUGCCUGAAUACCAUCAGCUACCUCUGCUGGCAUCCACCAGACCAACAAACACUUUCUGCUGCACCCUGGGCCGUGUCAGCCCUGCUCCAGUCAAGGGCAUCCUCUCCACACACUCAAGGACCACCACACCAACACCCUGAGUCUUCCCAGAGUCACUCUGGAAGGCUCCUCCCCAUACCAAGGUGCUGCUGCUGCACCUUCUCCCCAACCUCAUCCUGCUGUGGAACAAGGCACAACCCCUGGGUCACAGCAACCCCAAGAAUGCCCCAGGCUUGGGGCAGAGGGGCUGGACACUGCCCAGUAAACACCUGGGAGUGCUGGACAUCAGAUGGCUGGGCAGGGAUUGUGCCCCUGGACUGGGCACUGGGGAGGCCUCACCUUGAAUCCUGGUCUCAGUUCUGGGCCCUCAUUCCCAGAAGGAGCAGGGCCAGAGAAGGGAAACAGAGCUGGGGAGGAGCAGCUGAGGGAGCUGGGGGUGUUGAGGCUGGAGGAGCCUGAGGAGAGACCUCAUUGUGCUCUAUGGCUCCCUGAGAGGAGGCUGCAGCCAGGUGGAGGUUGGGCUCUGCUCCCAUGGAACAAGUGACAGGACAAGAGGACAUAGCCUUGAAGUCGCUCCAGGGCAGGUUCAGGUUGGACAUGAGAAGAAACUUCUUCACUGGAAGGGCUCUCAAGCCCUGCCCCAGGCUGCCCAGGGAGGUGGUUGAAUGCCCAUCCCUGGAGGUGUUUCCAAGGGGCAGAGAUGUGGUGCUGAGUGCCAUGGCUCAGCCCCAGCCUGGGCACAGUUAGAGACGGGUUGGACUGGAGGAGCUGAUAGAACUUUGUCAGCCAGCACCACUCUGUGCCCAACAGCCACCUCCCUCCUCGCUCUCUCCAGCUGCAUAGUGCCAGGGUUCCUCCUCUCCCAAGGUCCUCCUGCAGCAGAUGCCCUCAAGCCCCCUUCACAGCGAGCAGGGCACAGCCUGCACAGAUGGCACCUCCCUCACAGCAGACACUGCUGCACUCACCCUGCUUCCUAAGGGCUGCCAACUGCUGCUCCUCUGGUGGCAGGGGACAGGCGCUGUGAAGGACUCAGCUGGUCCUCAGAGGGCAUCAGCUGGCUGCAGAGCUGAGCCUGACCUGUGCCUCGGCAGUGAAGGCCCUGGCAGGGACCACAGAUGGCUCCAGAAGAGUUGUGCUGGCCACAGGCUGGGUGUUCAUAGGCCCAGCUGCAGCUCCUGGCCAAGCAGCCUGGUGCCCCCUCACAGCACCCACACCUCUGCAGCCCAGCCCAGCCGGUGGGGCCUGCUGCUGGCUCCCAGGGCUGCUCCUGGUGCUCUCUAUGAGCCCGGAGCAGCAGAUGCCACCGCUCCCCAGGCCCUCACUCUUCCCUUCUGCAGCAGCACCCACUGCCCAGGCUGCUGUUCCCAACAGUACACCGUCUGGCCAAAAAAGAGGCCACUGCAGGAGGCAGGCAGCCUCUCCAGCUCUCUGCGGCACACAGACAGGGGGGGGUUCUCCACCCCCAGCCCCUUUGCCUAAAGGCUGAGGGAACCUCAUGCAGGAGGAUUACCUUGAGCACAGAAAGAGUUGCCCAGCUUGGUGACGGAGGUCCCAUUCCUAGAGACAUUCAAGGUCAGAGGGGAUGUGGCCCUGGGCAGCCUGCCCCAGUUGGAGGUGUCCCUGCUGCCUGCAGGGGCUUGAACACGAUGCCCUUGGAGGGUCCCUUCCUACCCAGCGCAGUCUGUGCAGGAGGCUGAAGCAGGCUCAGCUGGGGUGGGGGCUGGGGAGCUGCAGAGCAGUCGUGGCAGCUUCUCUGCACCUGAAGCCUUUCCAGGUGUAAAUAAAAUUUAUUUUUCAGCAGA